UUUACAGUGUUUAUAGCAUUUUGGACACGCUGGCCGAUGUCACCAAACUUUUUAGAUUCCCAGUUUUCGCAUUCACGACCCAGGUGUUGCUUUGUAAUUUGGCUCUAGUUCAAUGCUAUAUAGACUCUGUCAAAGAAAAGGUAGAGAUUCGUGGCUAUUUAUGGGCUUCAACGAUACCAGUACAAGUGUGUUUGGGUACGAUCGUUCUAGUAAUUUCAAUCACCGCUGGAUAUCUAACUUCGAGCCUCGAAAGGACAAGGAAGCUUAGUUUGAACAUAAAGUCGCUGUUAAACAAUGGUAAAUCGAGAGACUAUGCUAAGCAAUUAAUGCUAAUACUAACCCAAGAGAGAUGUGAGAUAUCGAUAUUCAACGUUUUUAUCCUUGGCUCCCGACUGCCGCUCCAAAUGUUUGCUAUAACAGCCACUUACACCAUUGUACUGCUACAAAUCUCUACUUUGUAAUCAUAAACAUACACCAUACAUAUUAGCUACAGCAAAAUACGAAUCUACCUACAAUGAUUGCUUCUGAGUACAUAUCCAAAAAUAUUCUAGAUACAAAUCUUUACGAAACUUUCUCGCUUGUACGCACCGUGCAAUUUGUGCUUGGAUCAUGUAGAGUCGAUGUCACAGAUCGGUUUGUGUCUUUACCGACUGUUUAUCAAAAGAUAUAUACUCUGUUAAUGUUAUUGAUAGUUGCUAUGUUGUAUGUGGCCGUGCACUUCACUUAUUUGUCCAAAUAUACCGUCAACGCCAAUUUGCACAAAGGCGCUGUUUCCACGUUAGUUAUACAUUUCUUGGCCUAUUUGUUUAACAUGAUCCAUGUUCGAUUCGUUAAUAACAUCCGUAACGUUGAAUUUGUUAUCUCCAUGCAAGAACUUGAUCGUUCUAUGAAAUUGGAACAUAAUAAUUCUAUCAAUAGUAUUGUCCGAAAAAUAAGCGUUAUUUCGACAACUCUGCUCACAUUGGGUCUAAUUGCCACUAUUGUCACUGCAACAGUCUUUCUCGCCAUGCCAGUUAUGUUGAUAGUAGUAACAGUAACUCUAAGCGAAGUUACAAACAUCUUGGAUUUAAGUCAUUGCUCUACUCUUAUGGCUUACUACACCAUUCGCAUACGUUUUGUUAACUCUAUAAUCGACAACCACACGACCAGAAUCAGCAAGUAUUACUCAUAUGACACAAUAAUUUAUUCGAAGAAUUAUAUGCGGGAGUUGGCUGCAAAAACUCACGAUCUCAGAUACAGUGAAACUGAUAUUUAUUUGAAAGAAAUCAUCAAAAGCUUUUCCAAGUUUCGAAGUCUAUACCAAUUCCAGAUGUUAGUGUUUAUCUGCAAAAUGAUAACAGCGGGUGCAAUAUAUCUGCAAGUAGUAACAACCGGGUUACAAUUUAAUUUGAUCGGGAUUUUAGAGUGGAUAACAAUUGGGUAGAUCCGCCGAUUUUAUUCCGCGGGAUUUAUUUUACGUUUUUUGAAAAACUUAACAGGGAUGCGUGCAAACUAGCUUAAACUGAAAGGUUAAGCAAUAAGCUUUUCAGAUCAGUGUGAGGCCCUUAGAUUCAAUCGUGAUUUUAGAAGUAACAAGCGUCCAAAUAUUUUUUCACAAAAUGGUAAUGACGUUUUCCUAAUGGUAA